AUGGCAAACGAACUUGCCACAUGGCGCGGCAGCCAAUCCAUGUGGCAUCAUUCAUUGACGGCACCAUGGACAUGGACAUGGGUCAAGUGGCUGGCACACGGGAGACCAUGGCCUGCGACAGAUGUCCGCCGUGCGCCAGAGGUCACGUCGCACAACAACAGCAGCACCAGCAACGGCAGUACCAGCAACAACAGCAACAACAGCACCAGCAGCACCAGCAGCACCAGCAACAACAGCCAGGGAAACCCAUCGCUUAAACGACGACAACUGCCAGGGCCGGCGCUUCGGGUGCCCCAGACCGGAUGA